UGUCUGGCUCUCCAUUGAAUCUCCUGCGCCAAAUAUAGUGCUUGUCAUAUUAGAAGUUCUUCGAUUUUGUUGGAUAAAUGAGUGAGAACUGAAACCCAAACUUUCUGAUUCGCUCUAGGUUUGACUCUUAGGCUGGGAAAAAUAUGUUAUAGUGAUGCAGUAGAAGAUAGAAUGAGGUAACGUGUAUGUUACUCCGCUAAGAUGAUAAAUUUCAAAGGACUAGAGACCGCAGCAGGGAGGUCUCUGGAACUGUGGAAACAGUUCAGAACGGUUCAGUCUGCGAGGACCCGACUUGCCCUGAGGAUGCAACCACCACGGAGGAUGCAUACGCAGAACGACCGUUCUGGUCCAAAAAACCCAGCCGCAGUUUCGUACCUCUCUUCCGUACAAUGGCCCAAGAUGGCGGGGCCCGUGAUUGAAAACUAGAUCAAGAUGGCGGCUUCCUGCUUCCCCCGCAGCGUUGCGCGUGGCGACAGAGGCCACGCCCACUUCCGGCUCCCCGGCCUCAGCAUGGCUGCUUUAAGUACUUGGCUCUCUAGUGUCAGGAGGUUGCACUGCAGCGCGGCAGUUCGGGCGGGCAGCCAGUGGAGACUCCAGCAGGGCCUAGCUGCCAGCCCCUCCGGUUACGGGCCCCUUACGGAGCUCCCAGACUGGUCUUAUGCGGAUGGCCGCCCUGCGCCCCCAAUGAAAGGCCAGCUUCGAAGAAAAGCCCAAAGGGAGAAGUUUGCAGUGAGUGAGACGAGUUGUACUGCUGUCACAGGAAAUGGAUGCUGGAUUACAGGCAUGGCAGCUCAGGCAGCAGGAGAAGUUUCAGGAAGAAGAAAGGAAACGAAAAAAUGCUCUUAA